UUUUCUCCACCUGUUAGAUUUCUUUGUUCAUUAUGAAACCACCACAAUCGAUCAUGUGGUUUGCAUUUUUCUUGUUUUCUUUAGUUUCUUUCUUGCAUCGUACAUCAUGUUCUUCGGAUUCUUCUUUAUUGCCUACGAAUCUGUUGGAUUCCAUGGAUGGGUUUCAGAACUACACUGCAAUAUCCGAUUUUCGGCUACUGAACAGAAGAAAGCUAGGAGCUUGCCCGAACCCCAACCCUUAUAUUCAAAUACAAGUAAGCUCAACAUCAGAGCUUUCAGAUGACCAGAUGAUCACGGUCACGGUUAGCGGGGUACUUCUUCCUUCCAAGAGUGAUUGGAUUGGUAUGAUUUCACCCUCACAUGCUGAUGUCAAUGCUUGCCCGCAAAACCUGAUUCUGUAUCAGCAGACGGGUGAUCUGAGUGUACUACCGCUUCUCUGCCAUUAUCCUGUGAAGGCACAAUUUGUAAGUAAUGAUCCAGGCUAUAUYGGUUGCAAGAAGAAGGAAUGCAAAAAAUAUGAUCAAAAGGGCWAGUGUUUGGUGACAACAUGCAGUGCAUCACUCACGUUUCAUGUUAUCAACAUCAGAACUGAUAUCCAGUUUGUCUUCUUUGGUGCCGGAUUUCAGAUUCCUUGCGUUUUAGCAAAAUCUAACCUGCUGAAGUUUGCAAAUCCAAACAAACCAUUGUAUGGGCAUCUCUCCAGUAUCGAUUCCACAGGGACAUCAAUGAGAUUAACAUGGGUUAGCGGAGACAAAAACCCUCAACAAGUUCAGUAUGCUAAUGGGAAAACACAAGCUUCUCAUGUUACAACAUUUUCUCAAGAAAACAUGUGCACUUCUGCAAUACAAAGCCCCGCAAAGGAUUUCGGCUGGCAUGAUCCAGGAUAUAUUCAUUCUGCAGUGAUGAAUGGACUCAAGCCUUCAACGCAAUUCUCUUACAGAUAUGGAAGCAAUUCAGCUGGUUGGAGUGCUAGAAUCAAGUUCAAAACUCCACCAAGUGGGGGAUCAAACGAACUGACGUUUCUAGCAUUUGGUGACAUGGGUAAGGCCCCUCGAGAUGCUUCUGUUGAACACUAUAUUCAGCCUGGAUCACUAGCUGUCGUUCAAGCCAUGGCUGAUGAAGUUUCAUCCGGAAAUAUAGAUUCCAUAUUCCACAUUGGGGAUAUAAGUUAUGCGACAGGUUUUCUGGUGGAAUGGGAUUUCUUCCUUCACCUCAUUAGCCCUGUGGCUUCGCAAAUUUCUUAUAUGACUGCAAUUGGAAAUCAUGAAAGGGAUUAUAUAAAUUCGGGCUCUGUAUACAUCACGCCAGACUCAGGAGGAGAAUGUGGUGUGGCUUAUGAGAGUUAUUUCCCGAUGCCAACACCAGCAAAGGAUAAGCCAUGGUACUCAAUCGAACAAGGGAGUGUGCAUUUCGUAGUUAUCUCAACCGAGCAUGAUUGGUCUCGAGACUCAGAGCAGUAUCAAUGGAUGAGCAAAGACAUGGCUGCCGUUGAUCGAUCAAGAACUCCAUGGGUGAUAUUUACAGGGCACAGACCAAUGUAUUCUAGUUGCGGAAGUGUUGAUGAUAGAUUUGUCCAAGCAGUUGAACCCUUGCUAGUGGCAAACAAGGUGGAUUUAGUUUUGUUUGGACAUGUCCAUAACUAUGAAAGAACAUGUGCGGUGUAUAAAAACCAAUGUAAAGCAAUGCCAAAGAAAGGUCCAGAUGGAGUGGACACAUAUGACAACGGAAAUUACGAGGCACCCGUACAUGCAAUUAUUGGGAUGGCUGGAUUCAAACUAGACAGCUUCCCUCCAAAGGUCGGUACUUGGAGCUUAUCGAGAAUAACUCAAUUUGGAUAUGCAAGAGUGCAUACAACAAAGAUAGAGCUAAAUUUUGAGUUUGUAAAUGCAAAUACAAAGAAGGUUGAAGAUCGGUUCCGCAUCGUCAAAAGCUGAACUCCAUGAACAUAUGUAAUAAUGCUCUUGAUUAUCACAUUAUAAAGAAGAAAGGGAGAUAUUGAUAUGUAAACUUCGAUGACAAUAAUGCUAUUAAUUA